GCAUAUUUGGGCAUGUCCGCCAAGUGAAGGAGACGACUACAUAUUUCAUUGUCAUCCACCCGAACAAAGAGUACCGAAACCAAAACGAUUACAAGAAUGGUACAAGAAGAUGCUAGAUCGAGCCAUUGCAGAACGCGUUGUGAUUGACUACAAAGACAUAAUGGAAGAUUGUACGUUUAAUCAAGUUGAAACCGCGAGUAAUAUUCCGUAUUUUGAAGGUGACUUUUGGUCAAAUAUCAUUGAAGAAAGUAUAAAAGAGCUUGAUCAAGAAGCGGAACAACGCCGAAAACUUGAAGAAGUCGAAGCAGCCAAAGCAUCCGAAGACUUUUGUUUGGAUGAUCCAAUCGAACCAGAAGAUCCAACUGAGAUAUCAGAUAAACGUAAAUCUGCCAACACACAUAAGAAGAAAAACUUAAAGAAAACGACUAGUCAACGAAAAAUUGCCAAAAAACAUAUGUCCAACUGUUCCGAUUUAUUAUCGAAGAUAUUUGCUACCAUGGAAAAACACAAAGAAGCAUUUUUUGUUAUUCGUCUACGUAAUCCACUCGCUACUCAUCCUCCAGUGAACGAUAUGGACGCAUUGAUACAAUGUGAUUUAAUGGAUACACGUGAUUCGUUUUUGAAUUUUGCACGUGAUAAGCAUCAUGAAUUUUCAUCUUUAAGACGUGCCAAAUUUUCAACAAUGGCUAUAUUAUAUGAAUUACAUUCAUCUACAACGGAUAAAUUUACAUAUAAUUGUGAUCAUUGUCGUCAGCCAUGCGAUGUUCGGUAUCAUUGCACUGUGUGUGAAGAUUAUGAUUUAUGUUUAAAAUGUUAUCAAACUGUUAAACAUGAACAUAAAAUGGAACGUUCAGAUGAUGCUAAUCACGAAGAACAACAUAAUGGAAAAACAGAUGGGAGCGGAGGUGAUAAAUCACCAGCAAAUGCUCAAUUUCAACGACAACAAACUAUGCAACGUUGUAUUGAAGCCAUUUUGCAUGCUGUUAAUUGUCGAAAUGCAAAUUGUAUUAAUCGUAGUUGUUUACGUUAUAAACGUAUCAUUCAGCAUACAAAAGAUUGUAAAAUAAAAAGUGCACCGUGCACGAUAUGUAAACAUAUCAUUUUUGUCUGCUGGUAUCACGCAAAAAGUUGUAAUGAACAAAAUUGUCAAGUACCAUUCUGUACAAGCUUGAAAACAAAAAUUCAAAAACAACGCGCUACAAAUCAUCAAAUGGAUCGUCGACGAAUGUUCGCAAUGCAAGCAGGCGCUCCUGGACCAUCUCCUUCGAACCAACAGCAUUCUGAUUCGGUCGGUUCGUUUCAUCAAUCGGUGGGUUCUCCUUGUUCGGGAAAACCAACAUCUAUGGUUAUUCCACCAUCAUCAUCCGCUAUGAUGCCAACUAAUCGUCUCCAAUCACAAGGAAUUCCGAUGUCCGCUCCACACGCUUGUAUGAAUAAUGGUAAAGGUAAUCCAAUGUCCACGAUGACUCAGCAGCAAUGGGCACAGCAGUCAUCUCGUUCAUAUCCAAUUAAUAUCAGUUCUAUGCAAGCUGGUAUGAUGAAUAGUAAUAUGAACAAUAACAAUAAUUCGAUUAGAAUUGUAAACGGAUCGUUAAUGGGACAACCUGGAAACAACAUGAUGUUAAGAGAUUCGCCUCAACAACAUCAAUUUAUGUAUACACAUGCAGUUCCUCCAUCUGUGAAUUAUCCACAAUCGAUGGGUGUGCAAUCUACUGGAAAGCCAACGAUGUCUCCUACAAUGUUUGUUCCAACAGCAAAUCGAUUACAACAGCAACAAACUAUGCCACUUUCUACACAACAUAUGGUUUAUAUGGGUCAACAACAACAAUCUUCAUCCAAACCUCGUUCGUAUUCAAUGAAUAUGCAUGCACAAAGUGGUAAACCUUCGGCAAUGAUCAAUGCUUAUAGUACUAAUAUCAAUAACAUGAGUCGAAGUAAUAGUUCGUCUUGUGGUAACAUAAACAAUAGCGGUUCUCAACAACAACUUAAUCAUUCAAUGGCCGAGUCAGAAACGUUGAAUGUGACUAAAAAUAGUGCUGUGGAUAUGUCCAGUACAGAUGAUGGAAGUGCUGGGCUAAGGACAGAACUUCGCAAUACCUCUACUAUAGCUAAUAAUAAUAAUAAUAAUAAUAAUAAUAAUAAUAAUAAUAAUAAUGACAGUAUUGAAACAAAGCAAACGCAACAGCAAAUGUUUCAACCGCUUUUAACAUCGGCACGAAGUCGACCACAACAGCAGACAAAUUACGUGAACACACCAUCCAAUCAUUCAUGGAUUCAAUCGCCCAAUCCAUAUCCACAGCCAUAUUUAAGUAUGCCACCAGGCUCCGUGCCUCCUCCGUACAGCACUGUAGUGCGUGGACGUAAUUAUUCUCACAUGAUAAAUCAACAGCAGCAGCAGCAAUUACAACAACAACAGCUUCAACAACAACAACAACUUCAACAACAACAACAGCUGCAACAGCAACAACUUCAACAACAACAACUUCAACAGCAACAACAACAACUUCAACAACAACAACAAAAUACCUUCACUCCAUCGCAUCUACAACAACAGCAAUAUUUAUCGUCUCAAAUGCAGCAUAGACAAGCACGUUUAAUGCCGUCGUACAUGUCACAACCUUCCCCUAUUACCGUAGAUCAUCAUCAACAACAACCACAAGGUGAUGUUGUAACGACACCGCCACCACCAACAUCCGUGACACCAAGAUGA